UUUGUUUACAUUAGCAAAAGGUGUAAUAAUAAUGUUGAUAAUGUAUCAUAUUAGGAUUGUAUCGCAAAGUAUUGCUAUUAAAAAAAAUUUAAUGUUGUAAAUAAUAUUGAGAAGUUGUAAAAAAUAAGAUGAAUGAUCGUGCGAUUAGUGAUCGACGAUUUUCCGAAAAUCAACCGCAAUUACAAGAAAAUAAUGGAAAAACAGAUUUAACAAAUGAUUCCUCGGACAAUAAGAAAAACAAAAAUGUUGUGAAUAGAUGUAAAAAUAAUUUAAAUAAUUCGAAAUGUAACAAUCGAAGUUUAUCGCUUGAUAACGAAGAAUUAGAAGGACAAUUAAUUAACAAUAAGAUGGAAAUUGAUGACAAUUCAUCCCUGUUGAAUAAUAAAAUAAAAGAUGUUAGUGUCAAAGAAAAAUUGGAUAAUCUUGUCAAUGGUGAAACCUUUAAUAAUGAUAUUCAAAAUAUAGAUCAUACAAACAAUGAAGGUCAAGAGUAUUUGCAAGUAUUAUAUAAUUGGGAAACACCUACUUUGAUAUGCUCAGCAGUAAAUGACUUCAAACCGACAGACACGAAUGAAAAUUUUACAAAGGGUUGUUAUUGGUCACCAGAUGGUACUUGUAUUUUGGUACCAGCUGAAAAUUUUAAACUUCAUGUAUUUGAAUUACCUCGUGAACUGUAUUCUGGAAAUCUGCCAAAAAAUUUUCACGUAUCUUCUUUUGAAUCAUCGUUAAAAGUUAAAGAAGGUGGACUGAUAUACGAUAGUUGCUGGUUUCCAUACAUGAGCUCUUGGGAUCCCUCCACAUGUUGUUUCUUAAGUACAAGUCAAGGCAGCCCUAUACAUCUUUGGGAUGCUUUUACAGGGCAACUUCGAGCGACUUACCGUGCAUACAAUCAAGUAGAUGAAGUAGAAGCUGCUAUAAGCGUUCGAUUUACUAAUUUUGGUAAACACAUUUGGAGUGGAUUUAAAAAUGUCUUAAGAACAUUCGAUACUAAUCAUCCUGGACGUCAAAUAGAUUCUAUUUACUUAAAAAAAGAUUUUCCUAAUAUUACAGGAUUAGUUUCAUGCAUUCGUGAAAAUCCUGGAAUGACAGGGCUAAUUGCUUUUGGGACAUACUCUAAAUAUAUUGGUUUAUACAAAGAUGGACCACUUUGCUCUUUUCAAACAAGUAGUGGGGUCACGCAAAUUGAAUUCAGUCCUUGCGGUACAAAACUUUACUCGUCUGUUCGCCGAGGUAGUGAAUUUUUAUGUUGGGAUCUUCGAAAUCCUGGCACUGUUUUAUAUUCCUUGCAAAAUCGUCAAUCCGAUACCAACCAACGAAUACAUUUUUCACUUUCUUAUAGUGGAAAAGAAAUUAUUUCAGGGGGAACUGACGGUGCAGUAAGGAUAUGGCAAAUUCCCGAUAAUCUUCAAAUUGAUGAAGAGUUAAACCCACAUUGUAAUAUUCAAAUAUCAACUGAUUGUAUUAAUGGAGUGGAUUUACAUAAAAAUUUACCUAUACUAUCAGUUUGUACUGGUAGUAGAAUUUACGAUAAUGAAGAAAACAAAUAUCGUGAUAAUAGUGUACGUCUUUAUUGGUUAGGCAAUAGUUGAUAAAAAAUGUACAAAUAAUGAAA